AGUUUGAUGCCUAGUUUUGUUUAUGCGCUGUAAGGAGCUCAGAGUAAUGGCGGCGGACAGGCCGUGAUGAUCUAGCGAAAAUAGUCAGGAAACUAAAGAGAGAGCUUUGUUACGAACCCGAGGGAAGAUAUACUGCAAAAACAACAAUCAGAUCACCGCAAACAUGCAGAUCACACUGAAAACCCUGCAGCAGCAAACCUUCAAAAUUGAUAUCGACGGAGAGGAAACGGUAAAGGCACUAAAGGAAAAAAUUGAAACAGAAAAGGGAAAAGAUGGUUUUCCAGUAGCUGGACAAAAACUGAUAUAUGCAGGUAAAAUCCUGAAUGAUGACACGGCUCUCAAAGAGUAUAAAAUAGACGAAAAGAACUUUGUGGUGGUCAUGGUGACAAAGCCUAAAGCAGCCCCUACAGCUGCCCAGCCUGCCACAAGCACCACACCUUCCAGCACUACAUCCUCAACCUCUGCUCCAGCACCAACCCCAGUGACACCGGCAGCUCCUGCUGCAUCUGACACUGCACCUGCCAGUGCUGCAAAAGAGGAGAAACCCACCGAGACGGGAGAUAACAAACCCGCUACAACUGCAGCGCCUGCAACAUCUCCUCUUGGUACAUCGAGUCUGUCUGCAAAUGUAAACAUUUUUGAAGAGGCUACUUCUGCACUUGUGACUGGACAGUCGUAUGAAAACAUGGUGUCAGAGAUCAUGUCGAUGGGAUAUGAAAGAGAGCAGGUUGUUGCAGCACUGAGAGCCAGCUUUAACAAUCCUGACAGAGCAGUUGAAUACCUCUUAACGGGUAUUCCAGUGGAGAGAGAGAGUCAUUCGAUUGCUGAUCCUGUCGUGCCGCAAGCAGGCAGUACCCCUCCUGCUGCUACUACAGGGCCAUCACUGACUCCUACUUCAGGUUUGACACAACCUGCUGCAUCAGCCACAAUCCCUGGAGCCAACCCCCUUGAGUUCUUGAGGAAUCAGCCUCAGUUCCAGCAGAUGCGACAGAUUAUUCAACAGAACCCAUCCCUGCUACCAGCCUUAUUGCAGCAGAUAGGAAGAGAGAACCCACAGUUGCUGCAGCAAAUCAGCAGUCACCAGGAGCAGUUUAUUCAGAUGCUUAAUGAGCCAGCACAGGAAGCAGCUGGCCAAGGAGGAGGGCUGGCAGAAGCUGGAGGUGGACCGAUGAACUACAUUCAAGUAACGCCUCAGGAAAAAGAAGCUAUUGAACGGCUAAAAGCAUUAGGAUUCCCUGAAGGACUUGUUAUUCAGGCUUACUUCGCUUGUGAGAAGAAUGAAAAUUUGGCAGCAAACUUUCUUCUACAGCAGAACUUUGAUGACGACUAAGUGGAGAGACAUCAACUCUUUGCUUCCCACUUUUCUGAUUUAAUGUUGUAUUGGAAAUACAGGCCUUUACUUUUCCUAGAAUUACAAUAUAUCUUCAUGGUAACACUGGAUGAACAAUUAAAUGAAAAUAACUAAACUGUUUCUGAGCAGCUUUAAUGAGCUUUAAUUGCCGUUUCAAAAACGGAAAAAUAGUGUGCAACCUGUUCAUUAUUCACAUAGCUGACACAUUGUUUUCUUCAAAAUGAAAGUAAUGUUGUUUUAAAAGGUUGAUCACUGAGUAUGUGAUGCCGUCUGUUGGUUGAAAGCUAUUGUACAAUGGCAUACACAUAAAGGUCCUUUUCCUGUUUACAUAUUUUAUUUUGGUUAAUGCUAGGGAUCCCAAUACUGUUUACUUCAAUUAAAUCAAAUGAGAGUAAAAAGAUUUUAAAACAAA